GAUCCAGCUAUUGAGCGCCACGGGAAUAAAGGCGUUUAUAAUCCUGUCCACUGUGUUUCAACCCAGCUUGCUUUUCUUCUUCUCUUCAACAGAAUUUUUGGAUACAUUGUGGUAUACAGCUUCUGACACUCUGUGGAGUGUCUUUUGAGAGGUAACAUCGCAACUCGCUGGGGAGAAACCUUAUUUGUCCUACACAAUCCGCUACCACUUCUCUGGAAGACAAUGUCAUCGCCGCCAUCACCGAAAGGUCAGAACUCCUCUGGCAAGGGAGAGGGCAGGAAGGUCUCCAGCUCAGAUCUCUCCGAGGUUGAGCAUGUGGAAACAGUGUCUCCAGAGAAGCCUGAACCACCUGCGCUUCGGCAGCCAGACCUUGCUCUACCUCCUUUUCCCAUUGUUCCUAGGCAGAGUCCCGGUAAGUCUGGGAGCCGUCCGAGGCCAUUGGUCCAAUUCGGGGAGAAUGCUUAUCCCCCUCGCUGGUUUGUUGUCCAAGCAUUGCCGCAGGCAAAAGGUGAGGGACGCAAUGGGGAGGACGCCUCCGAGAAAAAGGGCCUGGCUCAGUUGAAGUGGAAAUUUGACCCUGGCCCAAAGGACAGGUGGCAGGGCUAUACGAAAUCUCAGCUAGUGACAUACGCAUGGAACGAGCUUGAGGAAGCGCUGGGUAACCCGAAGAUGAAGGACAAGCUUGCAGGCGCCAUUCGCGCCGGUGUGCUGGGCUAUUUAGUCGAAAACACUGAGGAUCCUAUGCCUCCGGUUCCUCCUGCUCCAGCGCGCCAUGAAUUCGUCGCUGAACAGCUCGCGGUAAUCAAGUGGGCUUCGCCCACUCCAAAUCCUUCUAUGCGAGAUUUUGAGCGCCCAUCACUGGCAGCUCGGCCGGGCUCGAAUCUGCAAAAGCUUCGGACCAUGGGGGAAAGUGCCCCCGGCUCCCAGUACUCUGGAGGUCUGGUGCCGAAACUGGGCGAUACUCAAUCUCCCAACGAUAUCAACAAGGAGGCGGCUCUGGCUAAGACCUCUGUUUUGCGUCAGGAGGUACUUGCCGAUGAUGGCCAGCCUCAGCCAGCCGGUAAGUAUAGAUGUCUGUGGUUUAUUGUAGUCACCCUGUUGAUGGGCAUACUUCUUUCCUUGUUCCUGUAUUCCUUUGGGAUAAUCAGGUGAAGUGAUGUAACUAGGAAUGUGUCAAUCCAGGCUUAAUCUUCCUGCUCUCCAAUCAAUGUUGACGUGCAUGCAUGUCCAGUCUCCAAACGACUGGGUUGAGAUGGAGAUUAAUCUGGCAUUCCUCGCCAUUCCCUUGCAUAUCAAUACAUAUCUCACAUUCUUCAUGGAGACAAUCAAGUUUGCUAGAUAUU